UUGUAAUCGUUGCCGCAUAUAUAUACACAUCCAAUUCCUACGCCCUCCGAAAAAAGAAUUUUCAAAAAUUUCUAUGCAAUCAGAACCAACCCAAAAUCUAGCAGUGUAAAAUGGGGAGUGAUUUGAAGGCAUGGGUCUCAGACAAGUUGAUAUCACUCUUGGGAUACUCGCAGCCUACAGUUGUGCAAUAUGUGAUUGGCUUAUCAAAGACAACUUCGUCACCAUCCGACUUUGUCGGUAAGCUUGUGGAUAUUGGGCUUUCAGCAAGUAAUGAAACACGUGCCUUUGCAGAAGAGAUCUAUGGGAAGGUUCCACGUAAAGCUUCAGGGAUUAAUGCCUAUCAGAAACAAGAACGAGAGGCGGCAUUACUGGUUAGGAAGCAGAAGACUUACUCUCUUUUGGAGGCCGAUGACGAUGAUGACCAUGAUGUUGCAGGUGGCAGUGGUAAUGGUUCUCAUAUUUCUGCUGCUUCUGAGGUCAGAAAAGCAGAUGAUAAUCAUAAGAAACGAUUCAGGAAGAAGACUGAAAAUCAGGAAGAUGAAGAUGAUGAGGUUGUUGUAAACAUGGAAGAAAAAAGACGAGUUAAGCAACGGACUAUUCCAGAUGAAGAUGAUGAUUCUGAGUCGGAGGAAGAAAGAUUGCGUGACCAAAGAGAUAGGGAGGAGUUAGAGCGCCACCUCAAAGAUCGGGAUGCAGCAGCGACGAGAAAGCUAGGUGAGGCAAAAUCAACAAGGAGGGAGGAAGAAGAAUCAGUUCGGAGAUCUAAUGCUUUGGAGCAAGAUGGCACGACUACUUUAAGAAAAGUUUCAAGGCAAGAGUAUUUGAAGAAAAGGGAGGAAAAGAUAGUAAAUCAGCUCAGGGAUGAUAUAGAGGAUGAACAGUAUCUUUUUGACGGAGUAAAAUUGACUGAAGCAGAAUAUCGUGAGCUGAGAUACAAGAAAGAAAUUUAUGAGCUUGUUAAGAAGCGGUCUGAAGAUGCUGAUAACAUAGAUGAGUAUAGAAUGCCUGAAGCUUAUGAUCAGGAUGGUGGUGUCAAUCAAGAGAAGAGAUUUUCUGUUGCUAUGCAGCGUUACAGGGACUCGGGUGCUGGAGACAAAAUGAACCCAUUUGCAGAACAAGAAGCAUGGGAGGAGCAUCAGAUUGGAAAAGCUACCCUUAAAUAUGGUUCAAAAGAUAGGAAGCAAAAAUCCGAUGAUUUUCAGUUUGUGUUCGAGGAUCAGAUUGAUUUCAUUAAGGCAUCUGUGAUGGAUGGUGUCAAUUUUGAAGAUGAGGUUCCUGCUGAGUCCCUUGACAAAUCAAUGGAGAAAUCAGCAUUUGAGAAACUUCAGGAGGACAGAAAAACUUUGCCUAUUUAUGCAUAUCGAGAUGAGUUGCUUCAAGCUGUUGAUAAUCAUCAGGUUCUUGUUAUAGUUGGAGAGACGGGCUCUGGGAAAACCACGCAGAUACCCCAGUAUCUACAUGAGUCUGGAUACACGAAACGGGGAAAGAUUGGAUGUACGCAGCCACGACGAGUUGCUGCUAUGAGCGUUGCUGCUCGUGUUUCUCAAGAAAUGGGUGUCAAACUCGGCCACGAGGUUGGUUACUCAAUUCGUUUUGAAGAUUGCACUUCAGAAAAGACACUUCUGAAGUAUAUGACUGAUGGUAUGCUACUGCGGGAGUUCCUUGGGGAACCUGAUCUCGCAGGUUACAGUGUGGUGAUGGUGGACGAGGCCCACGAAAGAACUCUCUCAACUGACAUUUUGUUUGGUUUAGUCAAGGAUAUUGCCCGGUUUAGACCGGACCUCAAGUUGCUUAUCUCAAGCGCAACUCUUGAUGCAGAGAAGUUCAGUGAUUAUUUCGAUUCUGCUCCAAUUUUUAAGAUCCCUGGUAGGCGGUUUCCAGUUGAGGUGCAUUACACAAAAGCACCGGAAGCUGAUUACUUGGAUGCAGCUAUCGUCACAGCUCUGCAAAUCCAUGUGACUCAGCAACCCGGCGAUGGUGACAUCCUGAUCUUCUUCACUGGGCAGGAGGAGAUUGAAACAGCAGAGGAGAUAUUAAAACACAGGACAAGAGGGCUUGGAACUAAAAUUCCGGAGCUCAUCAUAUGCCCUAUCUACGCAAACCUUCCAACAGAGUUACAGGCAAAAAUAUUUGAACCCACUCCCGAAGGUGCACGUAAGGUUGUCCUUGCCACAAAUAUAGCAGAAACCUCACUAACAAUCGAUGGGAUUAAGUACGUCAUUGAUCCAGGAUUUUGCAAGAUGAAAUCAUAUAAUCCACGAACAGGGAUGGAGUCAUUAUUGGUCACUCCCAUCUCCAAAGCAUCUGCAAAUCAGAGGGCUGGUCGAUCUGGACGGACGGGUCCCGGGAAGUGCUUUCGAUUAUAUACUGCUUACAACUAUUACAGUGAUUUGGAUGACAAUACUGUCCCUGAGAUACAACGGACUAACCUCGCAAAUGUUGUUCUCACUCUUAAGAGCCUUGGCAUUCACGACCUGUUGAAUUUUGAUUUUAUGGACCCACCACCAGCUGAAGCUUUGCUAAAGGCCUUGGAAUUGCUCUUUGCUUUGGGUGCAUUGAAUAAGUUGGGAGAACUGACGAAAGUAGGUAGAAGAAUGGCGGAGUUCCCUCUUGAUCCCAUGUUAUCUAAAAUGAUUGUUGCAUCAGAGAAAUACCAGUGCUCAGAUGAAAUCAUAUCCAUUGCUGCUAUGCUUUCUGUUGGAAGCUCAAUCUUUUACCGCCCAAAGGACAAGCAAGUCCAUGCGGACACUGCACGAAUGAAUUUUCACACAGGGAAUGUUGGAGAUCAUAUUGCGUUGCUUAAGAUCUACAGUUCCUGGAAAGAAACCAAUUACUCAACUCAGUGGUGCUAUGAGAAUUACAUCCAGGUUAGGAGUAUGAAGCGCUCAAGAGACAUAAGAGAUCAAUUGGAGGGCCUAUUGGAGAGGGUUGAGAUUGAACUGAUGUCAAACUCUAAUGAUCUUGAACCAAUAAAGAAGGCUAUAACAGCAGGCUUUUUUCCUCAUUCAGCAAGGAUGCAGAAAAAUGGUUCUUAUCGGACAGUCAAACAUCCCCAGACGGUGUAUAUUCACCCUACUUCUGGUUUAGCGCAGGUACUUCCAAGAUGGGUUAUUUACCAUGAAUUGGUUCUGACAACAAAGGAGUACAUGCGGCAGGUUACCGAACUGAAACCGGAGUGGUUGGUUGAGAUUGCUCCGCACUAUUACCAAAUGAAGGAUGUGGAAGAUCCUGGAUCAAAGAAAAUGCCUCGCGGUGCAGGACGCGCGUCUCAGGAUUGAAUUAAGUGGUGCUGAGGGAAAGAUUCAGAGAUGGUCAUUGCAGCUGGAUCUAAGAAAAUGUCUCACGGUGCAGGACGUGCGUCUCAAUCCUGAAUUAAGUGGUGCUGAGGGAAGAUUCAGAGAUGCUGAGAGCAGAAGUUGUUGUUAGUGAAUUUUGUGACUUAUUUUUAGCCCAAAUAGUUUUAGCUUUUGUUGGUCCCCAUGUUGUAUAUAAGUUAUAACCCUGGAAAGCACAUUGGUAGAGUCUUUAGUUGUCGAUUUUUUCUCCCGUGUAUAGAAAUAUCCUCAUUCAUAUUUUCAGAGAGACCCACAAUUAGGUUCUAAAACAAUGUAUAUAGAUGGAGAGUGUAUUUUACUUUUGAUCAUUUCAUCAGUUUUGGGAUUCUUGAAUUCCAUUUUAUGCAAGCAUUUUGAAAUUGGAAUAUAUCUUGAGCUUUA